GGCCUUUUGGGUCCAAAAUGGAGUCUCCGUUGCCGAAAAGGAAACGUUUCCCACAAACAAGCGAUAAUAUUAGAAGAUCCACUGCAGAUAAAUUGAAACUAUUUGAAUCAAUACGCGGUAAAGAGGUUGCCAACACUCCGUUUUGGGACAUAAUUGUCAUCACUGCUUUGGACGAAAGCCAGAGAGAUGCUUAUGAUAUUCAACUGCAAUCCAAACUUUCCAGAGGCGAAUUACCUUUAGGUGUAAAGUAUCACGUGUUUUAUGAUCCACCUGGGCCUAAGAUAGGUAAUGGCGGCUCUGUACUCGUCACGAUUGGUGAUUUGUUGAAGAUAUAUAGUGAAGAAGAGUUGAUGAAGUCCAAGAUUUUAAUGCUUCCGGCUGGAGGAUACAGUCAAAGAUUGCCAAACGCUAGCGUUCUUGGGAAAGCAUUCACUGCUCUUCCAACUGGUACGUAUGUUAACCCUUUGGGAGCAGCCGGUCCUAAGUGUCUGUCUUAAGGCCAAUUUAGACGGUACGAUUUUUGCUUAUGACUAUUGUGUGCGACUAGCAUGCGUCUGCGGUGGGAGGGUGGGGGGGGGAGGGAUUACUCCCCUAUAAAAGUGACUGGGGUGCUUGUCGUACCUUUUGGGGGUUUAAAUUUCUGGAUUGGUACGGCUUAGGGUCCCAGAACUUAAAAUGACUUAGUGACUGCUGCCAGAGAUGAUACGCUUUAUUAGCAUUUCAAGGACUUUCAAAAAGUCCUUACGAAGAAUGUGUUCAAAAGUUAUCUCAUUACUAUAUAAAAAUUUGCAGUGCCAGUUAUAUAAUUUGUUGUUGUUGAAUCGGUACCUCUUAGGGGUGGAAAUGAAUUGGGACACGCCCAUAAAACAAGAUUCUGGUACCUUUUAGGGGUGUUCUCAAAAUUUUCUGACAAGUACCCCUGACACUUUUAUAGGGGAGUAUCCCCCAGGGCAUACGUCAUGACUUAAUGACAGAUCGUGUCUUGUAAAUUAGACCCAUGACGUUCGUACAAUACAUUGUGGAUGUCAUAAGUGAAAAUUGUGCACAUGUGGAUAGUCGAAAGUCAUGACAUAUACUAGUUGCGCACAAUAGUCGUAAGCAAGAAUCAUACCAACUAAAUCAGCGUUUAGAGAGAUGUCCAUCCUAUAGAGAGUCAAACAGUGGGAGUAAAGAAAGACAGGGACGAACUCUAGGUGUCCAAGCUAGAUUGCAGAAUACCUGACCCACUAAAUAUCUAACUUAAAAAACUGCUCCCACAACCCUUCAAGUUAAAGUUUUUGCUCGGUCGCCAUUUGGCGAACAAUUCUUUUGGUUUAGGGAGACUUUUUUACAAAUCAAGUUGCCAGCUUCAAAAUUUUAGGCGCCAUGGUGACUGAAAUGGUCGCAACUUGGAGGGUUGUCCCACAGUCGUCUGAUUUGCAUGAUAAAUGCUGACUUCAACUGCGGGAGUGUGGGAGAACUAGUAUGCCUCGUUCUAUAAGCACGUGGGUUACUUGACAACAACUGCGGGAUUGCAGGACUACGGGAUCACUUGUUGUAAACCCACUCAAUAUUCACUUUUCAGUGACUGAGGGAGCACUUGUUUUAGUCACGUAGAUUUAAGUGCUCAUCAACUACCGGACUGUGGGACUUUGGGCCCAGCAUGAUAGAACAUGACUGUAGAACUGCGGAGUAUAUGCUGAAGACAUGUUAACCCAUGCGCUCCUGGAGAUUUUGCCGAAAAACGUGUUUUGAAGCUAGUCGAGUGGUUUUCUGGUCACUGUUGUGCUAUAAAGAGUUAAAACUUACCACAAGCCAGUUUACAGGUUGUACACUUUGCGGCCUUCUGAUCCAGAUGCAAAAUAUCAGCUUGCGAAGCUCAGGCAUGCACAGAAAGCAAAAUUUCGAGAAAAUUUCGCUUUCUCUCCUCCCCUCUUUUUUCACUUUUCUUGCCUCAUUUUAUUUUUUCUCUUGCUGGGCAUUUAGUAGGCUUCGUUUUGGUGGGGAGAGUCUUUAGGAAAACUUUUAGGAUCUUAGGAUUAGGUGAAAGGAAAGGUAGGUGAGCAAUGGAACAAGAUUUUCAUGGAGAUUUUCAGGUCAAUGUCACAUGGUUUUUUGCUUCUUUCUCCGGUGUCCUUGACUAAAUUGUGCUCAUUCUGGUAUGGUUUGAAAGAUCUCUUCACUCUGCACAAGUUAGUGGACAAAGUUGUCCUUGACUGUUAAAACUGAUGACGACACAAAGGGUAGAAAGGACGUGGAUCCGCACGGGCGGUUAUGGGCGGUUCAGGGGCGAAUGGGUUAACAUUACAAUAUAAUAACUUACAAUAUAAUCGUGAGCUUGGAAAUUUACUGUACAUGCGAUCAUACACAAGGAUAAGAGAAAGACUAAGUAUACUUAAAUUACGCUUUUUUGAACAAGUAGGAGUGAAUCCGUAGAAUGAGGUUGCUUGCUCAAUUGUUGAAUGAGUAUAUCAAAGUCAAAGAUUAAAAUUGAUUAUCCCAAUGAGAUCAAAUCAAACAAGGUAUAGUUCUCUUGAGCAUAAACCAGUUCAUGGGGAUAUAAAAAUUCCAUCACAGCAUUGCCUUUAUGUACCCAGUUGUUUCAAAGGUUACGGCCACACACGUUCCUUCAUGCUCAUAUAUUUCAAAGUGAAUACAUAGAAUGCUAUUUUGUUUUCUCAGGUGAUCCUCCAUAUCAAGUGAUUGAACUUCAGAUAGCUAUGUUUAUGGAUCUUCCAUCACGGAUGAACCCUGGUCUCUUUGUGGUUGCUUCAGAUUGUAUUGAGCUGUUUAAUAGUGAGGGAGAUUGGUCUCUUACAAAACCAGGCUUCACAGCAUUAGCCCAUCCUUCUCCUGUGAUCAUUGGUACAACUCAUGGUGUAUUUGUGCUUGCUGAUCAUGAGGUGAAAACUCUUGCAUUUACUUGAAGAAGCACUAUUUGUGGUGUUUAUGAUAUGAAACAGCAAAUUUUUAGUGAUAUUGGUGCUAAUUUGGGUCUGUGAAACUUAUUCAGGGAUGGGAGUUAAAGUACAGUGUAGCUAAUUUUAUGUGGAAAGAAACUAUUCUGUUUUAAAAUAAAAAAAUGAGAAGCCAUUACUAUGUUGCAACAAGCCUGUAUUUCAAAGCAAGGUUAAGUGCAAACUUUAACGCGAUUUUUUAUUCUCAUAAAAAAUAAACUUAUUUUCACAAAAGAAGAGUUGCACAGCUUAGCCUUGUUUUGAAAGUGAGAAAUUUUGGAACUCAGAGAUGGCCUAUUUAUUACAGCACAAGUAAGGAGUGAGGCAAGGGGGGCAAGAGUGCCAAGUCCCAGACUACUUGGACAGUGGUGGAGCCUAAUGAUCCUGCAUUGUGUUCACACACAGGAAUUGUUAUUGAGCUGGUUUUUGUCUCUUGGUUCUUUUCAAAUAGUGUUUUUCUUUGGGCUCCCAGGUCCAAUUCAGCCAGAGAUUUGACCCGGGGGUUGGGGGAGGGGGCGGUUACUCAACAGUGUUUUGCACUACUGUUAGGUAGAGCUUCCCUGUAGUGGCCAUUAUAGCUAGUACCCCCUCCACCUGUGGGGGAUUCAAAGGUCAUUGGUUUGCCAGUCUACAAAGACUUGAGUGCCAGUCUCAUAAUAAUAAUAAAGUUGAUUGAUUUUUUAGAAAAACUUUUUCUACAGUUAAAUAUUUAGCCCGUUAUUUCCUAAGAGUGAUAUUUAGUAUGAAAUUUCUCCUUUAAAUGUCAAUGCUUUAUGAAAUAGAGUGGUCAUGAGAAUUGUGGACAUGAUCACAGAGGAUAAAUCUUGCUUUAUAAACAAAUUUCCCCCAACUACUUCUAUUAAAAAUGCACAGGGACAACAAAUAAUGAGAAUUAAAAUUUUGAUGUCAGGGUUUAAAGGGUUGACCAGUGAUGUACAAGCAAACUCCUACAUUCACCACUGCCAAGAGGAGGGGUGGUGACGAUUGAGGGUUAGUUUUACUCAACUCCUGAUGGAUGUCUCAUUCCUUAUCUAUACUGGCUACUCAUGUCUGUCUCUUUGGUGUCAAAAAUCUGUCCGUUGUUGUGUGUACAUAGCCUAAAACCUUGUACCUUGUUUUAUUGCAUCAGAUUGAACCUCCUGUAGCUGAAACAUCAUGUAGGAAAUUCCUCCACAAGCCAUCAAUAGAUAUUAUGAGAAACCAUGGCAUCAUAUUUACUCGUGAUGGCGAGGAACAUGUUUACACUGACAGUACAUAUUUUGUCGACUGGAACACAGCCAAGAAACUCUAUGAUUUUGCUGAUGAAAUUAAACCAAUUGAUUGUGAAAUUGAUGCCUAUGGUGACUUUCUUCAAGCGCUUGGGCCGGAGGCGUCUGCUGAUUACACUAAAAAUGUUGCCAAUGUGACAAAAGAGACAUCAUCAUUGGUUGAAAAGAGGAAAAAGAUUUUUGAGUUCUUGAAAGGAACACCACUUAACGUACUGCUGCUUAACGAAUCCAAGUUCUACCAUAUUGGUACUACCAAGGAAUACAUCCAACAUUUUUGUAAAGAUCCUGUUUUCAGGUGAGGAUAACAUUAAUGGCAUAAUGAAAAACAGGCUCCCUUUGUCUUGCUACAGCCCCGAUGUCAUAUCAACAUGACAUAACAUGACAAUGGCAUGACUUGGCAAUGCAUUAAUUUAUUUGUCACACAUGUUAAUUUCAAUAGCAAGGUCCUUUGAUUGUUAUUUUUUAAUUUAUUAUUCAUUUCAGGCAUGAAAGCCAUUUUCUGCCAGAAGUCAUGGUCAAACGAACAGGAAUCAGUGAAGAGAAAAUCACUGAUCAGAGUUGUCUGAUCCUCUGUAACCUAGCACUGCCAUCCACUGUGGGACAGCACACAGUGCUAGAGUACUGCGAAGUCAAUGCUGGAUCGUCUGUUGGCAACAACUGUAUUAUCAGCAAUGUGCUGAUUCCUGCCGGGGCACACAUUCCUGAUGACACUUUCAUGACAACUGUCUGUGUUUCAGUUGGUGACGUGACAGGGCUGUAUGUGACAGUUGUGUUUGGUGUUGGAGACAAUGUGAAGAAAAUGGCAAAACCAAAUGAUCUUGGAAAACUGCAGUAUUUUGGCAUGGCACUUGACAAGGCAAUGGCACUGUUGGAUAUAAAACAGGUGUGGAUUUAAGUUUAUUAUGAGAGUCUUUAUUAACUUGUCCAUUUUUUACCCCUUUAAUUCUAAUGUUGAUGCACCUUUCUCUUGACUGUUCUCCAUGUUUUGCAUACAAUGUACAUGUUACAGGUUAAAUUUAAUUUCAGGUUAAAGAUUUUUAACCCAAGUCGAUUCUCAAUUUUGUUUGCCUCUUAGGGCUAGGAGAUAAAGGAAAUUGGGAAUCAACUUAGGUUAAAUCAAAUUUGACCUGUAAUAUACAUACAAACUUUGAGUCAUCCCCAUCGUCUUUUCAUUUCAACUAAUUAUUUUUUCUGUUUCUUAUUGGCUUUAAUACCCGGGCUAAUUCUUCAUAACCCACUUGCUAGCCAGCGUAGCUGGUGGAAUUUUUCCUUGCGAGUGUUAUAGCGGCAAAGCCUCAUAAAGUGAGUGCUGAAGGUGCGAGGAUUUCAAAGUGUCUCCUUCCCAUUCUCUGCGUGGAAGCACAUUUCUGCCUCAAUUCGCACUGAGGUAACGACCCCUCCAGCUACAGGCUCUAGGUACAAGGUAAUUUGGAAAGAGAUUCUAGCGUUUUCUUCGAAGUCAGCUUUACUCCAGGCACCCCUUCAAUUACCAGUAUUGAAUUUGACCUUCAUUUUAUAUGAAUAACAUUAUGCAGAUCCGGGAGGGUGUUAACAGGCUUGAUCUGACCAUAAAUAUUAUAUAUUUUUCAUAACAUACUCAGCCUGAAAAGUAGAUUCAAUAAUUAUUCAAUAAUUCCGUAUUUUCUUGAUUAAUCACCGGCCUUGAAAAAAUGCUGGGUGAAAACUGCUGAGUUUUGAAUAAACGCGGCGGGUAUUUAAUCAAGAAAAUACAGUAAAUUAUUUAAUAAUCUUUGGCAAUCAUUUUCUUCAUCUGACCGCCCCUAAGCUUUUACUGAGCAGUUAAGUCAUAGUGAGGCAUGUUGUGAGAAAACGAGUAGGUCCAGUCUCUAUAUUCCAACACUGAGCUUUUACUAUGUGCUUUAAUUUCUACAGGAAUCAGAGCAAGAGUUUGUGAGCUUGUGGCAGAUGAAACUAUUCCCAGCAUUUAACACCUGUGAAGACUCUGUUUCCCAUGCAAUAAACAUGAUAAAUUCCUUAAAGAGUGGUAAACAAGUUGACAAAGGAAAAACCACAAGCACAGGAAAGUAUCUUUCCAUGGAGGAUGUUUUAGCAUUUAAGGAUAUUAAAGGAACUUUAGACAUUAGGGAAAAUUUAAGGAAGAAGAUUUUAGGGACAUAGACCAAACAAUGGACAAACCUCAAAUGUGUAAAUAAAUAUUACUUGCGUGCUAACAUGGAUUAGGGUUUUGAAAAUCAAGAAACUGUAUUUUUUAAAAUUUUCGGGUUUAUACAUAAUUUCGUAUCAGUAUCAAAUAAGGUAAAGAAAGAUAGAAUAUGAACUUCUUCUCAUUUCUUGCCUCAGAAUAGCAUCAUCCUUCACCUAAUAUUAUAACAUCCAUAUAUUAAAAGGGACAGUAGGGAAAGGGAAAAGCAUUACGUACUUGGCACCUAGUUGUUUCACUUUUAUCUAUAACAGCACCAAAUACAAGCCAGGUAUUCUUACAUUGUCAAUUUUGAUACUUUCAGUAAUUGUGGAAAUAAAAUAUGUUGGGCU